GGUGACAGAGAAACCUUUGAGAACUACUACAGGAAACAGAGGAAGAAACAGGCCAGGCUGGUGCUGCAGCCUCAGGCUAACAUGGUGAGGAUGGAAACCAGCUUCUGUUCUUCAUUCUGUCUCUUCUCCCUCUAUCGGUUCCCCUCUAUCUGUUCCCCUCUAUAUGUUCCCCUCUAUCGGUUCCUCUCUAUCGGUUCCCCUCUAUCUGUUCCCCUCUAUCUGUUCCCUCUAUCUGUUCCCCUCUAUCUGUUCCCCUCUAUCUGUUCCCCUCUAUCUGUUCCCCUCUAUCUGUUCCCCUCUAUCUGUUCCCCUCUAUCUGUUCCCCUCUAUCUGUUCCCCUCUAUCUGUCCCCCUCUAUCUGUCCCCCUCUAUCUGUCCCCCUCUAUCUGUCCCCCUCUAUCUGUCCCCCUCUAUCUGUCCCCCUCUAUCUGUCCCCUCUAUCUGUCCCCCUCUAUCUGUUCCCCUCUAUCUGUCCCCCUCUAUCUGUCCCCCUCUAUCUGUCCCCCUCUAUCUGUUCCCCUCUAUCUGUUCCCCUCUAUCUGUUCCCCUCUAUCUGUUCCCUCUAUCUGUUCCCUCUAUCUGUUCCCCUCUUAUCUGUUCCCCUCUAUCUGUUCCCCUCUAUCUGUUCCCCUCUAUCUGUUCCCUCUAUCGGUUCCCCUCUAUCUGUUCCCCUCUAUCUGUUCCCCUCUAUCUGUUCCCCUUUAUCUGUUCCCCUCUAUAUGUUCCCCUCUAUCUGUUCCCCUCUAUCUGUUCCCCUCUAUCUGUUCCCCUCUAUCUGUUCCCCUCUAUCUGUUCCCCUGCGCCACUCAGUCUCCUGAGUGGCGCAGUGGUCUAAGGCGCUGCAUCGCAGUGCUAACUGUGCCACUAGAGAUCCUGGUUCGAAUCCAGGCUUUGUCGCAGCCGGCCGCGACCGGGAGACUCAUGGGCGGCACACAAUUGGCCCAGCGUCGUCCAGGGUAGGGGAGGGAAUGGCCGGCAGGGAUGUAGCUCAGUUGAUAGAGCAUGGCGUUUGCAACGCCAGGGUUGUGGGUUCGAUUCCCACGGGGGGCCAGUAUAAAAAAAAUAUGUAUUCACUAACUGUAAGUCGCUCUGGAUAAGAGCGUCUGCUAAAUGACUAAAAUGUAAAAUGUAAAUGUCUCUAUCUGUUCCCCUCUAUCUGUUCCCCUCUAUAUGUUCCCCUCUAUCUGUCCCCCUCUAUCUGUCCCCCUCUAUCUGUCCCCCUCUAUCUGUCCCCCUCUAUCUGUUCCCCUCUAUCUGUUCCCCUCUAUCUGUCCCCCUCUAUCUGUUCCCCUCUAUCUGUUCCCCUCUAUCUGUUCCCCUCUAUCUGUUCCCCUCUAUCUGCUCCCCUCUAUCUGCUCCCCUCUAUCUGCUCCCCUCUAUCUGUUCCCUCUAUCUGUUCCCCUCUAUCUGUUCCCCUCUAUCUGUUCCCCUCUAUCUGUUCCCCUCUAUCUGUUCCCCUCUAUCUGUUCCCUUCUCUCCAUAUCUGGAUCGGUUCCCUUCUCUUCUCCAUCCAUUGAUUAGUAGUUGUUCCUCUAAACCUCCACCUAAUAUUCCUGUGUGUUUCCUGGGUCAGCACGAGACAGUGGAGGGGUACCGGCGGUACUUCAAUCAGAUCCUAGGGUUUUUCGUGGUGGAGGAUCACAUUCUGCACGCCACACAGGGACUGGUGACCAGAGCCUUUACUGAUGAACUGUGGAACAUGGCCCUGUCGAAGAUCAUUGCCGUGCUCCGCACACACUCUGUGAGUACCGCUCAAGCACAAACACACGUACACACUGUGAGUACCGCUCACACACAAACACACACUGUGAGUACCGCUCACACACAAACACACAUACACACUGUGAGUACCGCUCACACACAAACACACAUACACACUGUGAGUACCGCUCACACACAAACACUCUGUGAGUACCGCUCAAACACAAACACACGUACACACUGUGAGUACCGCUCAAGCACAAACACACGUACACACUGUGAGUACCGCUCACACACAAACACACAUACACACUGUGAGUACCGCUCAAACACAAACACACAUUCACACAGUGAGUGCCGCUCACACACAAACACUCUGUGAGUACCGCUCACACACAAACACACAUACAAACUGUCAUUACAGCUCACACACACACACACACACACACCUGGAUGUGAGGGGGAGCGAGUGGCCUGGCUCGACCAUGACAAGGUCUAUGGGGUCAUGGAGGGCUCAGCCCUGUGUCUUUUUGGGAUUGAAAGUCCCCUAGCAGUGAGAGGGCCAGGGUAGCAGUCACAUUAACCCCAGCAGCGGGGUUUGACCAGGCCUUUGUUUGACCUCAGGACCCUGGCUGUGAGACCCUGUGAGUCCCAGCCCUGGGAUAUUACCAUCAUCCCUGACUGAUUUCCAACUGCCUGUCCCCUGCUGCCUCCUCCUCCACACACUCUGCCUGUCCCCUGCUGCCUCCUCCUCCACACACUCUGCCUGUCCCCUGCUGCCUCCUCCUCCACACACUCUGCCUGUCCCCUGCUGCCUCCUCCUCCACACACUCUGCCUGUCCCCUGCUGCCUCCUCCUCCACACACUCUGCCUGUCCCCUGCUGCCUCCUCCUCCACACACUCUGCCUGUCCCCUGCUGCCUCCUCCUCCACACACUCUGCCUGUCCCCUGCUGCCUCCUCCUCCACACACUCUGCCUGUCCCCUGCUGCCUCCUCCUCCACACACUCUGCCUGUCCCCUGCUGCCUCCUCCUCCACACACUCUGCCUGUCCCCUGCUGCCUCCUCCUCCACACACUCUGCCUGUCCCCUGCUGCCUCCUCCUCCACACACUCUGCCUGUCCCCUGCUGCCUCCUCCUCCACACACUCUGCCUGUCCCCUGCUGCCUCCUCCUCCACACACUCUGCCUGGGCCCUCCGAGCACACAGCACUUUACCAUAUUCACACUAGUUCAUCUGCUGUUAUUGUUGCAGUCUGUCCCCAUUAGGCUCAGAUGACCUGAGCUCUUCGUCAGAUCAAUCUGAAUGGAGCCCUGCUCAAAGCUGCUCACUGGGAGGGCCUACCAGGAAGAAGUGCCUAGAUACCAAUGAUCAUUCCUAACACUUCCAGAUAAACCCUUAACUCACCCAGAAGACCGGGAGUAAGACUGUCCCUUUUCCAUUUGAAUGUGAAGGAAACAGGACUUUUUGAUCCCCUCUCAUUUCCUCUCCAGUCGUACUGCAGUGAUCCCGACCUGGUGCUGGAGCUGAAGAACCUCAUUGUCAUAUUUGCAGACACAUUACAGGUGAGACUUGUCCAGGUCUUCUGAAUUAAAUCUAGAGCUCUUAUAAAGGUAUGAGUGAAGCAGCUGUUAAUGUCUAUCAAUGUUCUGUAUUAUGUCAUGUUUCAUGUUCUGUGUGGACCCCAGGAAGAGUAGCUGCUGCUUUCGCAACAGCUAAUGGGGGAUCCUAAUACAAUACCCAAUAGCCAAGCAGGUUGGUCAUUAACCAGUGGACCUAAGAUUGGGAUGCCUCUGGUUUGUGACCUCCCCAUCUCUCCCUCUCUCUCUCUCUCCAGGGUUAUGGCUUCCCAGUGAACAGACUGUUUGACCUGCUGUUUGAGAUCAGAGAUCAGUACAAUGAAACGCUGCUGAAGAAAUGGGCUCUGGUCUUCAGGGAGAUCUUUGAAUUGGACAACUACAGCCCGAUCCCUGUAGAAACCGAAGAAGAGUAC